AUGAUUGAAAAUAAAAUUUCAACAAAAAUGCCUGUUUAUUAUCGAUCUGUUGGAUCUCUAAGUACUUAUCAAUCAUCAAUUAUUCCACGUGAACGAAAUACAAUUUUAAAUGCAAAUCAAGUUGUUUAUCGUAAUAUAAUUAAUGAUGUUAAACAAGUUAUUGAUAGACGAUCUCCUUGUCAACAUGAACAAAUAUUAAAACCAAGUCAAAUUGAUCCUAAACUAAAACAUAUUUAUACAAAACGAUCUUAA